UAUGUCAUUUUUCCUUAGCUUGUGAAUUGUGAGGCAGAAGAGAUUAGAGAAACAACUAUGGAAGGAGAAAAUGGAAAGAAGCUGAAAAUAUUGUGCCUCCAUGGAUUCAGAACAAGUGGGAGUUUUCUUAAAAAGCAAAUCAGCAAAUGGGAUCCUUCUAUAUUCACUCAAUUUGAUAUGGUUUUCCCAGAUGGUAAAUACCCUGCAGGAGGGAAGUCUGACAUAGAAGGCAUCUUCCCUCCACCUUACUUUGAGUGGUUUCAAUUCGAAAAGGACUUCACAGUGUACUUUAACUUGGAAGAAUGCAUCUCAUACUUAUGCGAAUAUAUUACAGCCAAUGGUCCCUUUGAUGGCUUCCUUGGCUUCUCACAGGGUGCAACUCUUUCAGCACUUUUGAUAGGUUACCAGGCACAGGGAAAGUUACUAAAGGAGCAUCCACCAAUAAAAUUUCUCAUAUCAAUAUCAGGAUGCAAAUUCAGAAAUCCCAGCAUAUGCGAUGUUGCCUACAAAGACACCAUCAAAGCUAAAUCUGUUCAUUUCAUUGGGGAAAAAGAUUGGCUGAAACUUCCUUCUGAGGAUCUCACAUCUGCAUUUGACAAACCCCUGAUAAUAAGGCAUCCCCAAGGUCACACCGUACCACGAUUAGAUGAAGUGGCUACCAGUCAAUUGAGAAAAUGGAUUACCGAAGAAGUCCUAUGUCAACCAAAAGUUGGCAUCUCAGUUUGUGAGCAUGAAACAGACCAUGAAGAAAAGAAGUCAGAGAAGGGGACCAAGCUAGAACCCUGUGGUACCAAUCAAGACAAAGGUGUAAACGGUGUUGAAAUAAACAAGGGUUCUGAAACAGUAGAGGUGGCUCAAGCCUGACGAUAAGGACUUCUAAGAGGAAGCACCUGAAUUUUUAAUAUUAAAUUAUGUAUCAUGUAUGAUUGGUGAUUCAUAUGGACAUGUUUUAUGAUUUCUCGAUCUUUAAUAAAUUAUUAUGUAUUGUGGAUGAGUGGUGAUUCAUAUUGAUACUUGCUGUCUAAAAUGAGAGGGGAGUCCUUAAUGUACUGCACAGAUAUAUUCAGCAUUAAAAUAAAAUUCGACGUAUUCCCCUUGAA